AUGCGAUCAUCGCAGCUGCGAUUUGCCGGCGAGCAGCGAUUAGAACGAAUCGAGUCAUUCCGAAACGCGCUAUGCCUGAAGGAGGUGAGAAGAAGAAGGGCAGCAGGCGUCGUUGGAAGCAAACACGACCACGAUCCCACGAAGGCAAAGAAAGCGUUUGAUCCGAAGAAAUUCGCCAUCGACUUGCUCACUGGUGGUACAAGACGCUUCGAAAACAAUUUCGGCAGACAAAAAAUACAAAGGAAUCAUCGACGUGUUAGUGCGUGCACCAAAAGAACAGGGCUUUUUCUCACUAUGGAGAGGAAAUUCAGCAAAUGUAAUCAGAUACUUCCCAACCCAAGCACUUAA